UGAUCUCCGCUCCACUCCCCGCUGACCGGAGAAAGCGCUCCGCAGCGAAUACGAGAGGGGAUUUAAAUUAGACAGAUAUCAUCCACCUUAUUGACGGGGGAGCGAGCCGUCUGCUUUGUCAUGCGGGCAGAGGUAACUUGCUGCCGUCGCCGGUGUACAAGCAGCUGAACACGGGCACGGUUCGACGUUAGCUAGCUUGUAAUGUCGGCAGUGUUGGACUUGUUUUCCCCUCCAGACCUCUUGCUUCCUGUUAGCCGCGGGCUAGCUGGAAAAUCCAGAUAAUGCUCGUGAACGAGCAGGAAUAGCUCGCAAACGCACAGUAGUGUAACUUUAGUACUUUACGGAAAGCUACUCGUUGCUGUUUAGUUGUAAUUUAUCCACGAACAUUCGGAAAUAACUUUAUUUCCCAGAGCAGCGGGUUCUCUAUUUUGCUAGCGCUCCGUAGCUAGCCAUCUUGCUCGUGUUGACGGAUGUGUGUUUAACUUUGCGUGCUCUCGGUGGCAAAGACCGACCGAUAUUAACUUGAGUUUUCUAUUGAAAUAGGCUCAGUCGUUCAGGAGUCAGCUGCAAGUGACCAGUGCCUCUCAGAGACUUUGUUUGACUGUGGGAAAGCCUGACAGCUCACUGCGAAAGGACAAUAGAGAAGCAGAGACUUGAUCAGUCGUUGUUAUAGUAACGGGGACAACACUCCCCGGGAGUAACAAAAGUGUUUUGGUUGUUCCUUUUUCGUGUUACAUGAGUAGUUUUGCAUAUGCCCUUAGGUUCGUAUGUGGCGACAAUAAUAAAAGCAUUUGCCGUUGAGUUGACGAUGCAGAUGGUGCCUGUGCGACACAUGAGUGCUCCCUGAACCCGCCGCUUCCAGGUAUUUCAUUAUUUCAACAUCAGCUGUAAAUGCCUCAGAAAACACUGGCGUAUACCAGCUGCCAGCAGAGGUAACUCGGUGGACAGACAGACUACGAGAAGCGGCGUGAAGAGCGGUUUUUUGGGCGUCCAUCUCUCCAGCCUCACCUUCAUCACAUCCAUCCACCACCGCCCUCCUCUUCCUCCUCCUCCUCCGCCUGCUCCCGCUCCUUCCCCAGCAAUGGACCCCCCGAGGACUCGGUCGCGGUCUCGGUCCGGCUUCUAUCAUUUUUCCAUGAACGGCAACGUUGGCGGCAGCGGCGGUAACGCGGUCGGUAACGGGAGCCUGAUGAACGGCGGCGGGGUGAGCUACCCGCAGCAGAGCAACCCCGGCUGGGCGCCGCACCACGGAGGUCGCAGCUACCCGGAGAGCCAGCAGCAGCUGCAGCAACAGCAGCAACAGCAGCAGCAGCACACUCAGGGGAGCUACCUGUCUGCAGGGGCGCAACGCCACUCUUCUCACGGAGCCCACAGACACCCCGGGGCCGGAGGAGUGCUACAUUUUCAUCCAGAUAAUGUGUGCAAUGAGGAUCGGGACAAAAUGGAAGACAGUCCAAGCCCCAAAAGGCAGCGUCUGUCCCAACAGUCCAUGUUAGAUCUCGGCACAGCCCCUCCCUCCACCCCUUCCUCCCCCAUUCGGCCCUGGGAGCUGCCUCCGAGUCGCAGACCACACCCCCACUACAUGCCAGAGAGAUGCCACACACCCGUUCGAAAUCGUCGUAGCCCUCCAAUGAGACGUCAGCGCGGCCGGAGAGACCGCCUGACCCGCCACCACCACCACGCCCACAACAACCACCACCACUACAACAGCAACAACAACAACCACCACCACCACCACCACUCCAACGCACACCACCACCAUCACCACCACCUGCACUCCCACCACGGCCCCUCGCCGGGCCACCAGGAUGAAAACUACCGCCACCCAGCGAUUCCUCCUCAGGGGUACCCACCCUACAGCCAGCAGCCUCCCCGAGGGCCAGGGCCCGGACCCGGGCCUGAUGAUCGCCCUGGCUACCAUCCUCCAAACCCCUCCCCAAGGCCCCUUCACCAGUCGCCAAACCUUUCUCCCAGGCUCCUGCACCCGGCGGCCCAUCCACAGCACCCACACCCCCAUCCAUCCCAGCAACAGAGCAGCGUGGUCCUGGACCUCCAUGAGCAGGGUUCAGCUCCGGUGUCAUAUCCUGUAUCUCCUCCGGGAGCACCUCCAGGCCUGCCUCCACGCUCCGCUCCACAGCAGAUACCAGCAUGCUCAGUGGUCUUCAGUGGUCAGCACUACCCCGUCUGCAGCGUCCCCCCUCCUGUUCUUCAGACGUGUUCUGUGCAGCACUUACCCAUGCCCUACCCUUUCCCGUCACUACUAUCCAGUGACCCGGCCUUCCUGCUCCCCCCUCCUCAUCUCACUCAUCCCCCCACACACCUCUCGCACCACCCGCCUCAUUUACCUCAGCCUGGACAGUUUGGACCGUAUCCGGCACAGCAGGCGCGAUCGCCGUUGCAGAGGAUAGAGAACGACGUGGAGCUGCUCGGGGAGCACCUCUCUCUGGGUGCCGGGCUCCACUAUCCUCCCGCCACCCACCCCGCCCUCACCCCUCACUCCACACAGCUCCACUUCCUCUCCCAUGACCCGCUGCCACAGGAGUUCUUUGGAGUGUCCUAUCCUAACUUUAUCCCUCGGCGUCUCCCGGGGCGACGGUACCGCUCACAACAGCUGCCACAUUCGCCUUAUCACCCCAGCCUCCUGCCUUAUUUCCUAUCAAUGCUGCCCGUCCAGCCUACAGGCCCUGCAAUCAGUCUGGAGCUGGAUGUAGACGAUGGAGAAGUGGAGAAUUAUGAGGCCCUCCUGAACCUCGCCGAGCGCCUGGGAGAAGCCAAACUCCGAGGACUGACCAAGGGAGACAUCGAGCAGCUUCCUUCGUAUCGAUUCAACCCAAAUAACCAUCAGUCUGAACAAACACUGUGUGUGGUAUGCAUGAGCGACUUUGAGUCCCGCCAACUGCUGCGAGUCCUGCCCUGCAGCCACGAGUUUCAUGGAAAGUGUGUCGACAAAUGGCUGAGGGCCAACAGGACGUGUCCGAUCUGUAGGGCCGACGCCUCGGAGGUCCAGAGAGACUCAGAAUAACCACAAGGUGGCGCCAGACACUACCUUUUGUCUGCCCAACACUUUUAGCACUGCCUGCUCUCAAGUUAUUGACACACGUUCGUGCGUACACAGACACACACACACAGACACACUCUGUUACUCCUCCUUUGUUGUCAUCAUUUAAUAAUAAUUGUGUCUUUUGUUUAUUUGAUGCGAGUUUCCUCAGCUUUUUUUUUUCCCUCUCGCUGUGUUUUUUACGAGGACAUGCACACAGGCCUUCACACUCUGGUGAAUGACCCACUGUCCUGCAUUUAUUUGUGUGGGUGUUUGUUUGUGUGUACGCACCACAACUUUGCAAGCAUUAUUUGGUCAGCCCUGUGAUGCAGGGCUGUGGUUAUACGACUGUCUGUCUGUGUGUGUGUGUGUGUGUGUGCAAGUGUGUGUGUGUCUGACAGAUUUUUAGACGUCUUGGCGCAUGCUUGAGUGUCAUGUUGUGUAUCAGACAAGAGUAAUGAUAUUUGAGAGUUUUUGCUCUCGUGCGUGGGUGGGUGUGCGUGAAUAACUUCCUGUUUGUACGUUUAUGCGCACUGUCUGUAUGCAUACUGUGUGUGUGUGUGUGUGUGUGAUAGACUUAAUCCUUUUCUCUAGUUUGACACUAAGGGUCCAUGCUGCCACUAUAGUUCUCAAGUUGCCUAUUUAAUCUGUUUGUAUUAUUAUUAUUAUUAUUAUUAUUAUUAUCAUACGACCACCAAAACAAGUGAUUAUUUUCUGCUUGGCAGUUACCUCAUCAUUCCUGUUUUAGUCAUUCAUUACAAGCGCUUUACAGCUCUAUGUUAAAAUUGAGCACACGUUUUUCUUUCUUUUCUUUAAAAACAGUUUGUCUGUGACUUUGCAGUGGCACAUGUUACAUAUAUAUAUGUAUAAAUCUACAAAUAUCUGUAUACCAAAUAAAAGGCUUGAUAUAAACUUUUUAAACUUA